UCCAAUAAGAUUAUAAAACGUUUUUGACAGGACUCAUAUCCUAGUCUGACAGCAUCUCAGUAUUUAUAAUGACGCUCCUCCAAGACCCUUCGGAUGCAUCCUCGUGAGCGCACCGCGCGUUCCCGCAGACAUCUGCGUGAACGAGCCUGCAUCCUCCGUGACAAUCCCCUUUCAUCUUUCCCCCUGAGUGCCAAAGGACAUAAAACACACGGAGACAAGAUCUCAGCCAUGAACCUGGUAGUUGCAACCUGCUGGACUUGCCUCCUGCUCUCCGCCUUCCUGUGUGAGCCUGUGCUGUCUAAAGGCGGCCGUGGAGGGUCCCGGGGCUCGUCCCGCGGCUCCUCCUCCCGGAGCUCCACAGCGGGCAGUUACCGGGGAGGAGGCGCCUACGGUGGGACCCGCUCUCGCUUCAGGGUGGCGGGGCGGACGUCCCCGGUGCGGGUCGCCGCUGCAGCGGCGGCAGGCGCAGCGGUGGCGCUAACUGCGGAUAAAUGGUACGCCUCUGCCUACCGCCGCAGCAACACCGACAGCUCAGAGGAAGAUCUUGAUUAUUACAACAGGACCAAUUACUUUGAUGCACAAAUGUCAGGCUCCACUCAAAAUGGAUCCUCUCUCUCCCAACUGGUUUCUAUCAUUAUUGCAACAUUCUCCCCAAAAUAUGGACUCUUACUUGACAAUAUCCUGUAGAAGAUGUUGUUUUUUUAAGGAUAAAUUAUUGGUAUGACUUCUGCCGUGGACCUGACUAUAAUGUGCAGGACUGGCUGGAAUCUGCACUGGGAAGACCAGUUAGAGGUGCAAAGCAGUGGUGGAAGAACACAAUAAUAACAAAGACGCCAACACAUCACUGUACUGUAUAUUUUUUCACAUAUAAUAAUCUAUACCAACUAUAACUGUACAUUACCAGCACUGUAUUCAUUUCUACUUCAGUCUGUGUGACAGAAACUGGGGCCAAACUCAAGAACAAUUUGGAUUAGUUUCCUUUUUUAAAGCUUGAUUCUUGUAUUUAAUUGAAGAAAAUAAUGUUGAUAGCUACAAAGAUUAGUCCAUUAAUUGCCAACUAUUAAAUUAAUCGGCAACUAUUUUGAUGAUCGAUUAAUCAUUUUUAGACA